AUGCGAUCUACUCCCGUGAAGAGAAGACGUGGAAGACCAAGCAAGCAUAGGGAAAAUCGGGUUGGAGAAUCAACCUUACCAAUAGAAAUCACAAGCCCACUAAAUGCAUCCAAUAACUCUGCUGCUGUGGUCAGACAGGGUGUUUGUUCCAGUCCCGUGAUGAAGUUAAAAUCACCUAAGCGGAAAAGACGGACACAAUCUAAUUCCUCGUCGAAUAACUCGUCCAAAGCCUCAACACCAAAGAAUGCUAAAAGUGCCACGUUAUCUUUUGGCCUGCCCCUCGUUUCGAUAACUCAGGGUGCCCCUGCAAAUUCUGCCGGCCAGCCGGCCCGCGAAACGGGAGCCCCGGUGUCCCCAACGCCAAAUCCGCGCGGCACUUUACCCGGAGAAAAAUUCGCGAUCCCGCCACCAAAAUUUAUUCCCCAGGCAACUUUACUGCGCGGUGGCCCCGGUGGCCCCGGUGGUGCAUCGGUGGCUACCACGGGUGCGUUGGACAGCUAUUAUAAUAAAACACCCCAACGGUCCACGAUAGUGUCAUCUAGAAAUAUUCGCUCUUCUCCAUUAUCUACAAUGUCAGGCUCAGAAAGGUCGACUCCUCUAAGAACGUCUCCUGUCAAGUAUCUUGCAUCUUCUCCAUUAAGAACAUCUCCUCUGUCCAAUUAUGAAAUUGCAAAGGCCAAAGCAAAUGUGGUCCAGCUUGGAACCUCCGCUCUCACUUAUGGCUCAUUGCUAGAGCUUUCAGCUCCAUCUUUAUCGGGCUUACCUUCACUUACUGUUCCCUCAGCUUUGAACGCACCACCACUUUCUUCCACUUCUACCUCAAACGUGAAUCCGUCUCUACUUCAGUCUUCACCAAUGGCUCACGUUUCUGCCAGGGAACAUGCUCAAACUGCAUCAAGUCCUCUUCAGAAUACACGUAAAGUUCCAUCAACUCCGAAGACAACAAAGUUUUCCGCCAUACUUAACUCUUCACCUAUGUAUACCCACUGGUAUUCACAGACUCCGGCUCAAACAACUCUCGUUUCAUCUCCCGGAAGCACACUUCCGCAGAUCGCUCAAAAAGAGCCGGCAUACAUCGGUGGUCUUCAAAUAACGUCAUCAAAAUCGAUUUCUGCCCCGGUUUUACCUUCGGACACGACCAAGAAAACUCUUCGAAAAACACAGUCUAUGCCGGAGCCGUCUGCACUUAAAAGAGAUGGUAGAGACUUUCCAGUUCCAGUAGCCAUUAAGAGAACUAAAUUUUUGCCCGCCAACUUCAAGCUUUCCUUGAAGAUAGACUCAUUUGGACGUGCGAGUGUCGACUUUCAGCGCUUUAAGGCUUCGGCACCAAGUAUGCAGCUGCAACCACAACACGAAAAUCAAUCACAACUACAGCAACUACAUCAGACACAUCAGCAGCAGCAGCAACAGGGGCAACAAGGGCAACAACCACAACAUGAAUUACAAAAUACAGCCUAUAAGAACACCACUCCAACUGUUACUGGCCUUAAGUAUGGUGUUGAUCCUUUCGUCAGCGGAAUCUCAUCGAAUACUUUUGAUUCUGUUCCCGCACCCCAGACACCUACAAAAUCACCAUAUGAUCCAUCUCAACCUUCAUACAUGCCACGUGAUAUGGACCAGUUGAUAUUUACAAGUCCUGGUCCUCAUGCCAGUGAUUUGUGUGCUAAGGAGUCGGAACUCACUUCCGAAAACCUUAACCAGAAGUAUGAUGCCAGAUUUGCUGUCCAGGCAAUGCUUAAGCAAUUAUCUUAG